ACUCUGCAGCAUUGCAUCGUAGAUAGGGCAUGUAAACGGGUGAAAAGAAAAAGGACAUGGAUACAAAUAUAUUUAAUUUCUCAAUAAAAAAGACUAUCAUAAGAAUAAGGAAGCGCUGGUAAUAUACGCAAGUAACGCAAACGAAGACAGGACCCUCUUAUUUCAGUGCAUAUUAAGGUAUUCCACGGAUAAUCCAUAGUUCAGCCGUGUUCGCCAUGGCUAACUCAUGUGGGACGGUGGAGAUGGCGUCAUUGGAAUGUGCUGCCUCGAAUCUGGCAUGUGAAGCAUCACUGGAGCCUGACAGUGGGGCGCUGAGAAUGGUACUGGUGGGGAAGACAGGCGCAGGGAGAAGCUCUUCUGGUAACACCAUCCUAGGGAGGCAGGCAUUCCGGGUGGACAUCUCUUCAUGUUCUGUAACUGGUCAGUGUGACAGACAGAGUGGAGCUGUGGCUGGGAGGAACCUCACUGUGGUCGACACCCCAGGGUUCUUCGACACGCGCCUCUCCCCUCAGGAGGUGACGGCUGAGGCAGGACGCUGUGUGGUGCUGUCCGCCCCUGGCCCCCACUCCUUCCUGGUGACCCUUCAGCCUGGCAGGUUCACUCAGGAGGAGCGGGAUGCCCUAGAGUGGGUCAAGGCCACUUUUGGACCAGGAGCCCUCAGAUACACAGUAGUACUGUUCACCUGGGGUGACCAGCUUCAGGGGAAAAGCAUGGAAGACUUCCUGAAGGAGAGCCAAGAGCUCCAGGAGUUUGUGAGUAGAUGUCAGGGGGGCUACCAUGUCUUUAACAACAGCAACAAGAUAACAGACUGCACUCAGGUCACAGAGCUCCUGGAGAAGAUAGACAAGAUGGUGGCGCAGAACGGAGGUGGCUGUUACACCAACCUGAUGUACCAUGAGGCAGAGAGAGCCAUCAGAGAAGUGCAGGAAGGAAUUCUGGGAGAGAGAAGGAUGACUCCAUUGAAGCAGGAGGAGGAUGGGGUGAAGACAGGGCCAGAGCCUCAGGGACCGGAGGCAGAGAGAAUGAGAAGGAGGGAAGAGGAGGAGAGGAGAAGAGAGGAAGAGGCAGCCAGAAAGAAGGCAGAGAAGUUGUUCUGGUGUGAGCUGGUGUCUGCCCUGGGGAAGGGGGCGGCAGAGGGAGCUGGAGUAACAAGCAAAGGGAAAGGGAAAGCAGUGAAAAAGGUUAAGGCGAUAGAGAGGGCAGCAGCUUUGGCUACCACACCGCUGUCAAUCACAUCAGCUGCCAAAGUGGUGGGAGGAGCUGUGAGAGAGGGAAGUAAAGUGCUUUACAAACACCGCAAAACUCUCCUACACUGACGGGGACUUUUAAUAUCCACUAUUAUUCACUGUAUGGUGCUGGGUUAUCAGGUAGAAGAUGAGGGUCUUAAAUAACCCGUAUAUUUUGUUCUGUCUCUGAAGUGCUAAUUAAUUUCACACAUUUAUUUAUCACUCAACUGUGUUCCCUGAAAAAUCAUCACAAUGACUUCAUAAGGCAGGCUUGCUAAAGAUCCCCGAUGCACUUCCUUCCAUUGACAGUCAUAGUUGAUGAAGCUAUUAAUGCACUAACACACGGAGGUAAAUGAUCAGAAAGUUCAUAAGAGUUGAUAGAAUACAAAAUGCAGUGUAAUACCACUGUAAUGGAACUGUCACCAUCAUCCUUAGUAGAAGCCCAGCCCUGACAGUUGAGGAAGAGAUUCUAUUUGUCCAGGUUGUCAUAGUGCCACGGGAGUAAACAGGCAUUCAUUAUUGAAUACUCAAUAGAAAAGUAAGUGUGCUGUGAAUUUUUGAAUGGUGUGAAUCAAUUGUGUGUGUGUGGUUUUGAGUGGUGUGAAUCACUUGUGUGUGUGUGUGGUUUUGAGUGGUGUGAAUCACUUGUGUGUGUGUGGUUUUGAGUGGUGUGAAUCACGUGUGUGUGUGUGUGGUUUUGAGUGGUGUGAAUCACUUGUGUGUGUGUGGUUUUGAGUGGUGUGAAUCACUUGUGUGUGUAGUUUUGAGUGGUGUGAAUCACUUGUGUGUGUGUGUGGUUUUGAGUGGUGUGAAUCACUUGUGUGUGUGUGUGGUUUUGAGUGGUGUGAAUCACGUGUGUGUGUGUGGUUUUGAGUGGUGUGAAUCACUUGUGUGUGUGUGUGGUUUUGAGUGGUGUGAAUCACUUGUGUGUGUGUGUGGUUUUGAGUGGUGUGAAUCACUUGUGUGUGUGUGUGUGGUUUUGAGUGGUGUGAAUCACUUGUGUGUGUGGUUUUGAGUGGUGUGAAUCACUUGUGUGUGUGGUUUUGAGUGGUGUGAAUCACUUGUGUGUGUGGUUUUGAGUGGUGUGAAUCACUUGUGUGUGUGGUUUUGAGUGGUGUGAAUCACUUGUGUGUGUGGUUUUGAAUGGUGUGGAUCACUAGUGUGAGUAUGCAGGAGUAAACAUCCUGGUGUGAUGAAACAAUUUAAAGUAAUCAACACGAAGAACC